GGGGCUGGCUAGAGGGAGGGGAACAGUCAAAGGAGGAGGAGGAGGAGGAGGAGCAAGAGGAGACCAGGCAUUGAUGGGCGGUUCCUGCGCCCCGCGCUUGCCCGCCGGCCCCGCCCCUCGGCCCCUUUAGCCCCCGCCGGGGAGAAAGGCCUGGACAGACUCGCCAGGUUGGGGAUUAAGAAUCAUGUUGCAUGAAGCAAAGGACAGGCAGAAGUUCGUCAGCGAUGUUCAGUAUCUGCGGGACAUACAGCAUAAGGUGGACUCUGAAUACCAGGAGUGUCUGAGACAGAAAAACUCUAGAAAAGACUCAAAUGAGAAGAAACAAGAUCAAAUUGAGGAACAAGAGACCAAUAUGGAGAAAUCCUGGUUAUCAAGUGGGUCAUCUUCCAAACAGGACUCUGGAGAAGAGGAUUCUCUAACUGAAACACCACCGGUGGCCAAGUGUUCUUUGGAGAAUUGUGAUUCUCCUAAACUUCCAGCCAUUGACCAAACGGCAGUCAAGCAGAAACAUAAAAGUACCAUGACUUCAAGGAAGUCGGAGAGCGUGGAGGCCAAAACACCCUCUCCCGCAGCCCAGGCACCGCAGAUUUUGUUCAGAAAGAGGAGACCAAACCUGGGAAGAUUGACUGUCAGCCCAGAACUGCAGAGCUCAAGAGCCACCAGGAACAGAGGCAGACAGAAAGCCCAGCUGCCAGGGAAGGUAGAGGCCCUCUGGAGAGCAGACUCAAUAGUUCAACAAGAAGGCCCACUCUGGGCAGGUGACACUAAGCUGAAGAGGCCACCUCAAGAGAGAAGAAACAUAGGCCCCUACUCACAGAAUAUGGCCAUGGCUGAGAGUAACCUUAAGAGAGGCAAGAGGUGGGACCCCAGUAUUUUUUCCCAUGACAGGCUCCAUCCACCCCAAGCUCAGCCCUUCCAGGCCACAAGGAAUCCUUGGGGGCUGAGUGAGGCCUUGGGGCCACCGCUCCUCACUGCCUCCUUGGACACGGCCCGGAGGAAACCAUUUGGAUUCAGAGAUAAAGACUUUUAUACAGAGAUGGCACUGAACCCUGGGGGAGAUGGACUGGACACAGAUGAGGAAACCCGCACAGAGGAAGAGCUGCUCUCGGCCAGCAUGUACCCAGCCAGCUCUCCUUCCCAUCAGAGGAGAAGCCGGUUUCUCACGGCCUCGGCUGCUCUGACCAAAAAUAAGAUUUUUGAAGAAAAUCCUGCAAAUUGGAGGCCAAAUCCCUUUAGAAGUGAGUUCAGCCAUGGCUCCUUGGGUGUGAGCACUGCAGGGGAACCAAUGACAGCGCUACCUUCCCCUGGGCAGAGACCCUUCUGUGACCCCUUGCUACCUAACAGGAGCACUUCAAAGGAGAAUGACAGGGGUGAUCGUGAACAUGACAAGAGGACCCCUCACUCAUGGGUCACCAGAUCUGGAUGCAGUCUAGACUUCGAUGGCCUCAGAGCCGGACCCCAGUCUAGAGAAGCUGUCCCCUUGGAAGAGUGGCCCAGCUCCCGUGAUCGUCUAGGAAUCUGGCAAGCCGACUUGAACCAUUCCAGUAGCUCUCUUGACUACUUUCUUUUGGGACCACGGGCUCCAAGAUCAUCCCUGAAUCCCACAUAUCACACUCCCAGGUCACUCAUUCCUUCUGCUCUAAGCCACAUCCCACCAGUCGACUUGUCAACAAUUUCAGCUCACAGAUCACGCUCAGAGGCCAACUCGAGGUUUAACAUGCGCCAGCCAUUGUGUCCCAUUAGAAACAGGAAUCUAUUGGCCAAUAUUGAAAAUCAAAGCUCUUCUGAAUCUCACAGUGCCCAAGAACAAGAUGUCAGGAGAGAAGAUAAUGCCACUUUAUCCAGCCAACCCCAGGAGACCCCAUGCCAUCCACGAAACCCUCCAUGCCACUUUCGCUCAGUGGAACCCACCACCUGGCCAGCAAGGAUGAGCUUGCAAGACCAUUUGCCCAUCCCUGACUCCCUGCAAGAAAAUAUCCCUUUCACCACCUUUGCGGUGUCAGAAUUUCCAGGUCAAAGUGGCCAAGAGAACAGGGCAACAGUCUCUGGCAUGGGAGAGGAAAAGGGAGCCCCUGAGAUCAAGGCAAACCCCGAGAAACUCAAGAAGCUGCAGGAAAGUCUCCUGGAGGAGGACGAAGAAGAAGAAGGAGAUUUGUGUCGUAUCUGCCAGAUACCUGGGGGGUCCCCCACCAAUCCCCUCCUGGAGCCAUGUGCCUGUGUGGGAAGCCUGCAGUUUGUUCAUCAGGAGUGCCUGAAAAGGUGGCUGAAGGUGAAAAUCACUUCAGGGGCUGAUCUGCACUCCGUGAAGACCUGUGAGAUGUGUAAGAAAGGCCUGAUCAUUGACCUGGCCGACUUCAACAUGACCGAGUUCUUCCAGAAGCACCAGCAGUUUCGGACACAAAGCCAGCUGAUGAAUUCAGGCUUGUACCUGGUGCUUCUGCUUCACCUCUAUGAGCAACGGUUUGCAGCACUCAUGAGACUCAGCUCUAACCUGGUCACCAUAGAAAGGUUGUCAAGAAAUUACUCACAGCCCAGACCAGAAGAAAGUGAAAAUUCCGAGGUGGGCGAUGAAAGUGGACUGCAAUCGCCAAGCAAUCGCCGGGUUAUCUAGCAAGGGAGCGCGCCCAGGAGCUUUGGGGAGCUCUCUCCCCACAGAGGUCCCUCCUGUGUCCCAGCGCCACCCUCCCUCCUCCUGACCCAACAAGCUGGUGUUCACUGUCACCCUAUGCUGCUCUCUGCUUGGAUGUGGCCAGACAGCGAGGGUCCAGCCGCCAAGCCCU